AUGAGCCAUUCUGAAGCAAGACGGAUUCAGGCGGGUUCAGAAGAAGUAUGGACAAAUCUCCGCGAAGGACUCGAUGUGGCAUACCGCCGAGAAUUUAUGUCUCCCAAAACAUAUAUGACUCUGUAUACGAGCGUAUAUGAUUAUUGCACCUCUAUCACGUUGUCCACCAAUCGAAGAGAUGGAGAUGAGAGAGUUUCUGGCGCAGAUAUGGUCAACCCACAAAGGAUUACUGGUGCCGAUUUCGUCGGGCACGAAAUGUAUCAAAAAGUCGAAGAAUACGUCAGUGCAUACGUCACAGCCGUCCGUGAAAAGGGAGCUGAACUUUCUGGAGAGGACCUUCUCAAAUUUUACACAACUGAAUGGGAGAACUUCCGUAUCUCAUCAAAAGUCAUGGAUGGUAUAUUCGCAUAUUUGAAUCGUCACUGGAUUAAGCGAGAGCUCGAUGAAGGACACGAGAACAUUUUCAUGGUCUACACACUUGCCUUGGUCGUGUGGAAACGAAAUGUGUUCAACGAGUUGAGAGAAAAGGUCAUCGACGCUAUGCUCGAACUUAUUCGAUCUGAGAGAACUGGUUCCACAAUUAACAAUCGAUACAUUUCGGGAGUAGUUGAGUGUCUCGUUGAACUCGGAGUAGAUGAUACCGAUUCUGGAGAAGCUAAGAAAGACGCCGAAGCUAAAAAACUGAGUGUGUAUAAAGAAUGCUUCGAGAAUAAGUUCCUCGCGGCGACACGAGAAUUUUAUGCACAAGAAGCAUCAAACUUUCUGGGUAACGGCGGUAACGUCACCGACUACAUGAUAAAAGUUGAAACCCGGCUUCAACAAGAAGAUGAUCGAUGUCUCCUAUAUCUUAAUUCUUCCACCAAAACACCGUUGGCUAAUUGCUGCGAAUCUGUUCUUAUUGCUAAUCAGCUCGAGUUCUUCCAAAGCCAUUUUGGAAAUCUUCUUGUGGACAAAAGAGACGAUGAUCUGUCCAGAAUGUUCAAAUUAUGCGACAGAGUUCAAAAUGGACUUGAUCAGCUGAGACUUUCACUCGAACGUCAUAUCACCAAAGAAGGGUUUGAAGCAUUAGAACGUGUUGCACAAGAGGCCAGCAAUGAUGCGAAAUUAUAUGUCAAGACCCUCCUUGAAGUUCACCAAAGAUAUCAAAUGCUUGUCAAUCGGUCUUUCAAAAAUGAGCCAGGGUUCAUGCAAUCCCUCGACAAAGCCGCCACUUCAUUCAUCAAUGCCAAUGCUGUUACCAAAAGGGCUCCCCCGGCUGCUCAACUGACCAAGUCUGCUGAACUCCUCGCCAGAUAUUGUGAUCAGCUUCUCAGAAAAAGCUCUAAAAUGCCAGACGAAAAUGAACUUGAAGAUCUGCAGACUAAAAUUAUGAUCGUGUUCAAGUAUAUUGAUGAUAAGGACGUUUUCUCGAAGUUUUACACAAAAAUGUUCAGUAAACGAUUAAUUAGUGAUCUGUCAGCUAGUGAUGAAGCAGAAGCCAACUUCAUAUCAAAAUUGAAGAGCAUGUGUGGCUAUGAAUAUACAGCUCGUCUUUCAAAAAUGGUUAAUGAUACACAAGUCAGUAAAGAUCUUACUUCCGACUUCAAAGAGAAGAAAGCUCAUCUGCUUGGAGAGAAGGCCAUUGAGUUCAACGUUCUCGUCCUCAGUUCAGGAUCGUGGCCAACUUUUCCUAACAGCACUCUGACACUUCCACAGCAACUUUCGAGCACAAUCGAAGUUUUUGGUCAAUAUUAUCAUGAAAAAUUCAAUGGCCGCCGAUUGACUUGGGUAUACUCGCAAUGUCGAGGAGAAAUCACUUCGUCUGCUUUCUCAAAGAAAUACGUAUUCACUGUAACAACCGCUCAAAUGUGUACCUUGCUGUUGUUCAAUGAGCAACGCAGCUACAACAUGGAACAGAUUUCUGCAGCUACGGGAAUGGAUGCGAAAACGUCUUCAAUGAUAGUUGGAUCUCUAAUUAAGAACCAAGUUUUGAAAGCUGAUGUCCCUCUUCAAGGUGAUGAUAUUCCAAUGAAUGCGACCGUUACCCUCAGCGAUUCAUACUCUAACAAGAAAGUCCGUGUAGAUUUGUCGAAGUUAAGCAUGAAGCAAGAUGCCGUUCGUGACACUGAAAGCGUGCAGAAAAACGUCGAUGAAGACAGAAAGAGUGUUAUCAGCGCUUGCAUUGUAAGAAUCAUGAAGACACGAAAACGAGUUCCGCAUCAGCAGUUAAUUUCUGAGGUAAUCGUUCAAUUGCAAGGAAGAUUCAAGCCGAAGGUCGACAUGAUUAAAAGGUGCAUAGGAUCACUCAUCGAGAAAGAGUACAUGCUUCGGGUAGAAAACCAAAAGGAUCUCUACGAUUACAUCGCCUAA